AUGUCUCUUCAAAAACAGACUUCUGGAUUUGUAGAAUCUACACUGAAAAAUGUGAUAGAGACUGCAACAUCUAUCUUAUCAAUUCUACAAGAUCUAGCAAAUAUCACUACCACAAAUAAAAAUCUUGAUUUAGAUUUACUUGUUCAUUGUAAAACGGCUCUUCCAUUAGUACAGUCAUUCGAAAAGAAAAUUAGAUAUGCCCAAAUUGAUUCCGUAAACAUAUCUCAUGAACUUACAAAAAACUUUGAUCUCAAAAUAACCACUCUUUGGAACUUAUCUGUAACAGUCUCAAAGCUAUCUCCUUUACCAAUGUCUUCUUUAGCACUCUAUCAAGUGAAGCAUUUUGCUUCGCUUCUGCUUAUGAUUCAACAAUCUUUAUUUCCAUCUACUUCUAACAUUUUGCGUACUUUAAAAUGCUUGAUUAAAACGGAAAAUAUUUGUAUUGAAUGUCAAAAUUAUAAUGAUACAGAAUCUCUUUUUGAAUUGAAUGAUACGUGCCUAAAACGAAUUGAACCAUUUCAGCCUAAGAUCUCGUCGAAUGAACAAGGAAUGCUUAAUGUUCUUAAAGCUGAGAGUUUUAUUGUUCGAAUUAUUAUGAAUUUAAAAUCCGGGAAUUUCGAAGUCGCUAAAUCCAUAUUCAGGUUUUCUAAUAUCAAAUCUUAUGCAAAUGGGUUCAAGUACCUAAAGUAUUUGGAUUAUCUUAUUCAACUUUUUAAUUGCUCAGUUGACUUAAUGUCUCAAUCCAAAUACAAAGAAGUGGUUGAUUGGAUCACGAUAAUUUUAGAUAUGUCAACAUUAACGACAGCGAAUUCUGCAAAAGAAACUGAACUUUUGAAUAUUUUACUUCGAAACGCUAAUCGAUUACUAAUUCGUGCACUAUGCACCUAUGAUCCUUCUAUAGCGGCAUCAAUUAAAUUCCCUGAUUCAACUGAGACCUUUCUAUCCAAGUUUGAAGUUCUUGAUGCUUUGCAAGCAGUUUCAGAGCAAUAUGAAAAUGCUUUGAUGGAAUUUGCCUUAUCAGCUGAUGUUUCAACAAAUAUUGAAAAAAUUCGGCUUACCAUUGAGAGUCCCAAAUUCGAAUGCAUGGAUUUAGUCGAAUAUUUCAGUUUACUUGAGAGAAAAUUUGAAUAUGAUCCACCUAAAGCUUUCAUUGAAACUAUCAUGGUGAUGGUUUGGAAAAAAUCUCGUUCCAUGGAAAAUGAAGACUACAAUAAAGCAGCUCUAUGCCUUGAGCUACUUAAUCAUCCUUUUUUCAACGAAAAAAUUAGUGAUCCUAAUGUUGCGAAAAUUGAAAGACGUUUAAUGUUUUUGUAUGACAAAUCUGGAAAUUGGAAUCGGAUUCCUGAAAAAGAACAGAAAAUGCGCGAUGCUGAUAGAAACGAUGUCAAAACGAUAUUACAUAAAGUCAGUUAUUAUCUUCAAGCUGAUGAUUUAGAAAAUGCAAAACAUAGUAUUGACCAGCUUUGUGAAUCAGAUGACGAGCAGAUGGCAACGGUUCUUGCUCUUUCUAUAUCAAGAGCGCGUGAUCUAAAUAAACACACUAUCACAAUGUAUGCCAUGAAGAAAAUGAUUGAUGUAAUUGCACAAGAAAAACCAAUCGAUAAAGAGUCAAUAAAUCUUCCAGCUUUGAUCAGGUCAACGAUUCAGCUCCAGUUAAAAUCGCUUAGUCAAUUUACUAAAGAGUAUUCUAGCAAUAAUCGAGAAAAUGAAAACCCCUUGGAUGGUAUUUAUAAAAAUAUCUCAGACACGUUAUUACUGAUAAGUUCUGUUAUAUCUCAGUCAGCACAUUUUUGCUCUAUGAUUUCAAUUGAAAAUAAUGCAAGGUGCAAUAAUAAUUUAGGUAAUAAGUUUCAAUUUACGCAAAACGACAUUUUGUGGAUUGUUAGUAAAGCAUAUUUCAGUGCGGUUCAAGCAAUGAAGUUUGCAAAGUAUGAAAUAUCCACAUCGUUAAUCAAUUUUGCUUUGGACUUGUUAAAUGUCGAAAUAAGAGAUGGAAGUGAGGAAUAUGAUGGAAUCGAGGAAAAACAACGAUUAAUUGGUAUAUGUACUGUUCUUUUGAUCACUGCUUUAAGAAAAACUGCGGUGCAAAUUAAUAACAAGAAAACAGAGGAAGAACCAUCUUUAAAUGAAUCUGGAACAAUAUUGUGGAAAAAGAUUAAUGAUUUGACACAAAAAGGGCAAAAAAUAUGGAAAUCUUUUUCAUCGUCGGACCAGAAGCACUUAAAAAACUAUGUCCAAAAACUGAUCAUUUACGAAUUAGAUAGUUGUCUUCAUUUGCAGGAGUGGGCUCAAAUAAAACAAAUUAUCCAAAAGAUGACAGCAUUAUACAGUAACACUUUUAUUUCUCAAAAGUCUUCUGAGAAUAAGGUUGACGAAAAGAAAAAUGAUAUCACAAAACAUGAGGCUUUCUUUUUGCAAUGUGUUGUUGAUUUGCUUUUAAAUUGCGGCGAGCUUCCAUUAGAUAAUUUGGUUGAAUGUUUACGAUUGAUCGUGACAGAAAAUUUUGGAGUUAUUUCAAAUGAAACAAUGGUAGAAUUAUCACAAGGGGAAAAAAACAAUGAAAUAGAAACAGCGACAAAGUGGACUCGAAUAUUGGUUGGUUUGACACUCCCAGGGAGAGAAGAUACAUGUGUCGAUGUUUUAACACACUUUAGAGAAUUUCUGCGGGGGCAAGGAAAGUUUGGGAUUCCUGGUCAAGAUAUUCAAUGGAUAGCAACGUCAUGUUGGAAUCAUGGUGUGUAUCAUAAACAGCUUAGACGCGAUGAAAAGGCCUUGGAAUGGUGUGAAAGAGCCUUAUUUUUUGCACGAUAUGUGAAUGAACGAUUUGAGCGCCAGCUUCAGGAAAUGUAUAUAAGGCUUAUGAGCUCAAGCACAGGUACAAUUGCUUAG